AUGACAGCAUCUCCAAAUCCUGCUGAACAAGCAUACUUGGAUCUAUGUCAAAAGAUUAUCAACGAUGGUGAAUAUCGGCCAGAUAGGACCGGAACAGGAACAAAAUCUAUGUUUGCUCCUCCCCAACUUAGAUUUGACCUAUCUAACGACACUUUUCCAUUGCUAACCACGAAAAGAGUCUUUUCAAAGGCUAUCAUUCAUGAAUUAUUGUGGUUUGUCGCGGGCUGUACUGAUGCUAAAAAAUUGAGUGACAAAGGCGUGAGGAUUUGGGAAGGUAAUGGAUCUCGAGAAUAUUUAGAUUCAAUAGGUUUAACAAAUCGCCGUGAAGGUGAUUUGGGUCCUGUUUACGGAUUCCAGUGGCGUCACUUCGGUGCUAAAUAUGUUGAUUGUGACACAGAUUACUCUGGCCAAGGUUUCGAUCAGCUACAUGAUGUGAUAAAGAAAUUAAAGGUAAAUCCUUACGACCGCAGAAUUAUCAUGUCAGCAUGGAAUCCUUCUGAUUUCCUGAAGAUGGCACUCCCUCCCUGCCAUGUGUUUUGUCAGUUUUACGUUAGUUUUCCAGAUUCUUCUUCUCUUGAGGCUAAUACAUCAAAACAACAAAAGCUCUCUUCAAGGCCUAAGCUCUCGUGCUUAUUAUAUCAACGCUCGUGCGAUAUGGGUUUAGGGGUUCCAUUUAAUAUUGCAUCGUACGCAUUGUUAACAAAGAUGAUUGCCUACAUUGUGGACAUGGAUUGCGGGGAGUUUAUUCAUACGAUGGGUGACGCACAUGUUUACUUAGAUCAUAUUGAUGCUUUGAAAGAACAAAUAAAUAGGGUCCCUCGUGAAUUUCCAAAGUUGAGGAUCCUAGACUCGCAUGAGAUUAAGGAAAUCGAUGAUUUCAGUUUUGAAGACUUCGAAAUAAUUGAUUACAAUCCUUACAGUCAAAUUAAAAUGAAAAUGAGCGUUUAA